AUGGAAGAACAAACAACCACAGCGCCCCCAAUGGUGAUUGAAAAGACGAUUGAAUUAGAAUCUGAGCAUAUCCAAAGAAAGGCCUUGAUUACUGCACAACAAGAACAAUACAUGGAAGCAAAUCCAGAGAUAAGGCAGAUACUAUCUGAUUUCCUGGUACAAGUGGUGCAUCAUCAACCAAAGGACGUUUACGAAUUCGCCAAAGAUCACUUUGGAAAGCCAGCAUAA